AUGGCUUCCCGGACAUUGCCCGUGAUUCCGCCCGAACUGGCUCCCUUCGCUGAUAAGAUUCGUGCGACAAUGAAGGACGCCAUAAACAUCGAACUACACCCGGAUGCAAACCUGCAGCCUUGGCAGAGCAAAGUAGGCGGAACACCGUACCUCCCUAAAUCAGCGGAAUAUCCCCGCAGCUCUGCGGGCCAGCCAUUACGCUUACUGGCGCAAAUUAACUUCGCCGAAACACCGCGUCUCCCGGGCUAUCCGGACAAGGGAACCCUCCAGUUCUUCAUCGAUCCCACGGACAGCUACAUGGGAAAGCCUUGGAACACCAAUACUGAGCAAAAUUCGUAUCGCGUCCUGUAUUUCCCGGGCGUCAUCGAAGACGCCUCGCAACUGCAGACCGAGAUGCCAUUCCGCAUUGACGAUGAGACUAUCGUGGAUGUGGUGUCCGGGACAGAGUCCCCGCUACACUGGCCGCUGGAGAAAUACGACGCGUUGAGGAUGGAGUUCCAGCCGUUCCAGCAGUACAUGACGCGCUGUGAUUACCGUCGGGAGGAGAUCUUUGGGGAUGAUGAGGAGACGUAUGACAGCGAUGCGGUUCGUGUGUUUCUGCAGGCAGGUGGACACCAGAUUGGCGGGUAUCCCUGCUUCACGCAGGACGAUCCCCGGAGUGGCAGUGCGGAGCUCCGCGGCUAUGAGCUCUUGUUCCAGUUAGACAGUGACGGACCGAACGGCAUCUUAUGGGGCGACGGGGGAGUGGCGAAUUUCUUUAUCCGACCGGAAGAUCUGGAGAAACGGGAUUUUUCUAAAGUUGAUUAUCACUGGGAUUGUUAUUAA